AUGACAAGAAGAUAUUGGAACAUCAAUUUGGAAGAGAUGAUGGAAGCAAGAGUUCAUUUUGGUUGUGGGACUAGGAAAUGGAAUCCUAGAAUGGCAUUCAUAUUACAAAUUUUACGAGAACUGCACAUUUUUUAUCAGAUGCCUGUGUUUUAGUUUUUGAUGCAGCAAGCAAAGGAAAACACUUUUUGAUCAUUGGGCCCAAAAAUAAAGUAGCUGAUUUAGUAGCAUCUACUGCAAUAAAGGCUCAGUGUCAUUUUGUUAAUAAAAAAUUGCUUGGUGGUAUGUUAACAACUUGGUCCACUAUAGAAAUGAGACUUCAAAAGUUCAGAGAUUUAAGAGUGGAACAAAGGAUGAUAAAACUCAUCAGUCUCCCAAAAAGGGAUGCAACAAUGUUGAAGGGAAAAUUAUCCACCCUGCAAACAUAUCUAGAUGGGAUCAAAGAUAUGACAAGGUUAGCUGAUAUUUUAUUUUUGAAUGUGUGA